AUCAAGAAAACCACUUUUUGGACAUUACUCAAAAAUGGGUAGAAAGAGUCUUCCAACCUCACUAAUCUCCAUGAAAACAAAAUCAGUGGUAAUCCAAAGGACCCGAGGCUUUGGGAACAGAGUCAUUUUAUCCAUCACAGAAUGUGUGUACAUUAGUAAUGGCGGCUCUAGAGACCCUGGCCAGAGAAAGAACAGUACAGAGUCAAGAGAGAGCAUUCAGAUUCUUUCAAGAAGUGAAGGCCAAGAAGCUAAAUCAUCAACUUCAGAUAGUAUUCAAGAAAAACUAAUUUUUUUAUUUAAAGCGACAUCAAAAGACAGGGGACACAGGGUGAAAAUUUGGUCUGCCUAUGUAAGGGUGACUUUAAAACUUCACAAAAGAAAGGCAAAUACAUUUCAAAGGAAAAUUGACAGACUGGUGGACCAAGAUGGAAGUCAGACAGACCCAAGAGCUCCCAAGAGAAAACCAGAAGUGGGCCCAAGAGCCCCUGAACUGGAAGAUGAGGGGAAGGCAUCCCAGGGGAUAAGGUUGGAGGAAGGUGGGGGGAAAAACUCAUGGAACAAGGCACAGCCUCCAUCCUCUGGCCUGCUCCACAGUCAGCUUUAUACUUUUAUUAUCAGACCACACUUUAGUAAUACAGUUGUGGCACAAGGGAAAUUGACUACAUUUCUUGAGACAUCCAUGUCACGGUUGCUUGGGAAGAACCAAGUAGCGCUUUCCAAGUUGACUGGAGUGUUAGCAGCCUUUAAAGCCAUCAUCUCACCUAAGUCUUCUUCCUUUCGACUGGAAUCACAACAGGCCAACUCUAUUAGAAAUUUGGGGGAAAUGAGGAGGCUUAUACUUGAUUUGUGGAAAAGAGAACAGACCUUCCCCAGUGUCCUCCCAGGUGAUUUAAAGUUGAGAAGCACAAAACCUGUUGAACAUGAAGACCCUAAGGUGAGGGUGACCAGCCAGUCCCAGAAGCUCCUGCAUGACAGGGAGCAUUUACCAUCAGACUUGUUGUAUUUCCCUGGGUUUGCUCCUUCGAGUGAGCUAAGUAAGAGACAGAAACGUGAUGCUGACGGAUUUGGUGAGCUGACCCAAGUGCCUCUAGGUUUUCUGAACCACUUAGCCUCCCUUCUCGGGGUUGGGGUCGUUGUUGUUGCGGUGGCCUUCAUUGUUCUGUCAAUAGUGGUCGGCUUCCUAUUUUACAAACGGAGGGAACUAUUUCAAGUUUCCAGAGUUAAAGUAGUUGAUAGAAAAUGCCUGAAGAAAUCAUCUGAUAGCACAAUGGAUUCACGUUUCCGUGGUGUUUCUCUGUCUCGAUGUUUUCAUUCUGGUGAAUCACAGGUCUCAACCGAUAAAGAAUUUGAACUCCAAGAAGCUCUUCAAAAGUGUAAGCGAAGGGAAUCAGGCUUUGUGAUGACAUCCAUAACUUCAGACACCUCAGACAUCAGCUCCAAUGAGGAGAGCAUGACCCAGGAUCUGACUUCCUUGUCAGCAUCGUCCUUGGGCUCUUUCUAUAGCCAAAGCAUAGAAGCUUCUAAGGACUGGUUUUCCGAUGAAGAGGGCUCCCUUUGCUCCUCCUGCAUGAAAGAUGAUCUUGUAGACAGAGUGCAGGUGUAUCUAGAGACCAUGGAUGCUGCCAAAAACUUCGAAGAAGUCCAGUGUGAUGUAACAGUCAGUGAGGAUCAAAAGCAUCUCAGCGUGGAAAAGACAAGUCAACAGAAAGUACAGGUGCCUAAAUCAGUCUCUGACCCUCUUGAAGCUUCUUCUGGCAUCCCAUGUCCACCAGGGUCAAGGGAUGACCCCUCCAAAGCUUCUCCUAGCAUCCCAUGUCUACCACAGUCAGGCAGCAAUGCCUCCGGUGCUGCUCCUGACAUCCCACCAGGGUCAAGGGAUGACCCCUCCAAAGCUUUUCCUAGCAUUCCAUGUCUACCACAAUCAGGCAGCAAUGCCUCAAAAGCUGCUGUCUACCACAAUCAAGCCAAACAAAAAUGAAUAUUCCCAUUUCUGAGCCUAAGUAUUAACUCAUUUUAGACUGUGACUCAAAAUGGACCUCCUGAAAAUAGACAGAACCUCCUUACCCUGGCCUAUAAG